AUGAUUCUCAUUUCAAAACAAAAGGAUGGGAAAUGGAUUGUUGACAAGUUUAAUGACACACACAAUCAUGACUUAAGCAUGACACCAACAAAGGUAAUGAAGCAUAGAUCUCAUGGGAAGUUCCACCGUACAAUGGAAUGUAAAUCUCUUAUGGUGGAACUUGGUCAAUCGGGGUUGAAUCCAUGUCAUAUUAAAAAGGCUAUUAAUGCAUUGAAACCUUUAGAUGAAGUUGAUGUUACGUCAAAGCAAUGUGUUGAUGUCUUAUCCGAACAACGAAAACAAUAUAAGGGAAAGGAGUUUUAUGGACUUAUAAAGCAUUUCCAAGAUAAAGCAUUAUUGGAUAAUGACCAUUAUUUUGUCGUAGACUUGUGUGAUGAUGGGUGUCCUCGGAAUAUCUUUUCGGCUGAUGGAAGAUCAAGAGACGCAUAUACUAAGUUUAGAGAUGUUGUUGUGUUUGAUGUUACUUAUAUGACAAACAAGUACAAGAUGCCAUUUGCUCCCUUUGUAGGGGUUAAUCAUCAUGUGCAAUCUAUACUUUUUGGUGGAGCAUUGCUAGAAAAUGAAAAGGAAGAAACAUUUGAGUGGUUAUUUGAGAAUUUUUUAAAAUGUAUGUUUACCAAGUAUCCGAAGGCAAUUAUUACAGAUCAGGAUAAAGCUAUGGGUACUGCGAUAAAGAAAGUGUUUCCAAACACUCGGCACCGCUUUUGUGACUGGCAUAUUAAAAAGCAUGAGUCUGAUCACCUUCGACCAUUUGUUACCCAUUAUAGUGAUUUUCAGGAAUCAUAUAAAGAUUGGGUGAAUAGUGACACCAUUGAAGAGUUUGAAAGCAAAUGGGAAGUUAUACGUAUUAAGUAUAAUUUGGAAAAUAAUUGUUGGAUAAGUCAAAUGUAUAGACAACGGAUACAUUGGGCUAAAGCCUUUCUUAAAGAUAUUUUCUUGGCUGGUAUGACAACCAGUGGACGAAGUGAGAGUAUUAAUUCCUUUUUUGAUGGAUUUGUCAAUUCGAGCACCAUGUUGAAUGAAUUCGUAAUACAAUAUGACAAAGCAGUUAAGUCUCGAAGGGAAGCCGAAGAAGAUGAGGACUUCAAGACAAUGAACUCAAGAGCAGUUCUUUCUUCUGUGCAUCCAAUUGAAGCAAAAGCAGAAGAAAUAACAUAUCGAGUUGGGCAAAUGAAUAUUGAUAAAAAAUAUUGGAGAAUUGUUAGCUUCCGUUUGGUUAGUCAAAUGAAUGUUAUAUGUUCUUGUGCUAAGUAUGAGAUAUAUGGAAUUUUAUGCAAACAUUGCCUAUAUGUAAUGAAGAAGAGGCAUGUUGAAACACUUCCGAGUCACUAUAUUUUACCUCGAUGGACACUUAAUGUUAGGUACAAAGUGGGUAAUAAUAGUAUUGGACUUGAAGAAAUGAACAAUGAUAAUGGGGUUAGUGCAUACACUUUAUGGUGUGUUCGUUCCAACUUUACCAAAGUAAUUGAACAAGCGAAAUUCUCCCCUUUAAAGAUAGAAAAAGUUAAUAACGUAUUAAUAAAGCUUUUAGAUGAUCUAACGAUUCAGGAAAAACCAGUAGCAUUUGAAAAUUCAUCGCAAGGUUAUUCUGUGGGACUUUCAGAAAUAAAUAUGAUGCCUCAGAUAUCUGUCCGAGAUCCUCUUGGUCCAACUAAUAUGAAAGGUCGUCCGAAAAAUGCAAGUAGAAUCAAGUCUUCUCUAGAAAUGUCGAAAAAACGAACAUGUUCUUACUGUCAGGGAUUGGGUCAUUAUGCCACUAGUUGUUCAAAAAGAAAGGUGGAUGCAUCGUUACAAGAAAAACAGUGA